AUGACCAGUGAGCUUCUCGAGUUCCUACGAACUCACGACGAAGCUUUCCGUAGUCAAUCCCGCCUAGCCUCUCUCUACUCCGACUUCCGCUACCAAAGAAACUCGAAUCCCGAUGGCUACACCGCCAACUCCUCCGCGUGGCUACGCGCUCUAUCCUCCGCCGCAAAAGCUGGUCUUGUCCCCUCGGCCUCUGGCUCUGCGCCUGGAACUGAAAGAUUUGUAUUGAAUAGCGGGGAAGAGCUUUCGAGAGAUUUGCAGACAUCGCAGUUUGGACGGCCGUUGGCACUGGGUGCUGUGAUUGAGGAUGCGGUCAAGCAGGGACAGUUGAUCCCGCUGAAGGAGUUCGUGGAGAGGGCGGAGAGCGUGUACAUCAAGAGAUGGGUGAGGGUGCCGAGUGUUGGGGAUGUGUUCAAGUGGGGACUGAGACAGUUGGGAGUGCUGGGCGAUGGGACUGGUGGGGAGGAUAGGCUGGUCAGAGGGGAGUUUGUGGUGAUUGGGAAUGUUGAAGAGGCGGCGAAGAGGGUGAUCGAUGAGGCUGAUAAGAUCGCGACGAGUAAUACUAGCAGGGUGUUCUCGAAGGCGAUGUUCAAUAAGGCGUUUGCGAAAGAGGUGGGGGUGGACAAGUUGAGCCAGAGGGAUAUGGAUGUGCUGCUGUUGCACCUGUGGAGGGAUCGAAACGCUGUGGCAUAUGAUGCUGCUUCUGGGAUUGUCAAGUUCAAGGCGCCGGGAGAGGUACAACCGGUGCCUAUCACAGCCGAAGACAAGUCGAUCGCAGCGUUACGGACGUUGAUCUCGACGACUGAACCUCAGAUCGAGCAGCUCACAGCACGAAUCGCACAGUUGGACAUCACCGCUCGCACGGCAGUAUCGAACAAGCAGGUGUCAGCUGCCAAAACCGCCAUUCGACAAAAGAAACUCGCAGAUACGACUCUUCAGCAACGGGCCGCCACGCUGGCUCAACUGGAAGAUGUAUACGCCAAGAUCGAGCAAGCGGCAGAUCAGGUCGAGAUCGUCAAGGUCAUGGAAGCUUCAGGCGAGACCUUGAAGAGCUUGAAUGCCCAGACUGGUGGGGUGGAGAAGGUGCAGGAUGUUAUGGAUGGCUUGAAGGACGAGAUGAUGAGUGUGGACGAGAUCGGGCAGGCCAUCAAUGAUGUUAGUGCCGGCGAGAUUGAUGAUGUUGAGGUUGAGGAUGAGUUGGAGGCGCUCGAGAAGGCUGAAAAGGAGAAGGUCGAGGCGAAGGAGAGGGCUGAGAGAGAGAAGCGUGAGGCUGAGGAGGCCCAGAAGACGAAAGCGAGGCUGGCUGAGUUGGAGAAUGUGGGAAAGGAGCCUGAGCAUGAGAAGGAUGAAGGUGCCGCUGCGAAAGAAGCAGAGAAGGCCAUUGCAUGA